UGAGGUAAUGCGAAAUGGUUAAGUGUUUUGACUCGCAGUUACGCAUUGUUCUGACAGAUACUUGAAUGAAAAGGUUAAGAACGCGCAGUUUCCUCUGACUGAGCGCUACUUCUGCUACUGACUUAGUGCAAUCAACAAGUGUCCUAACUACUAACCUGCUUGGAACAUCUACUCGACCUAGACCACUGUGCGUAAAGCCAUGGACGAAGACAGCAACGUUUUGCCGGAGUUGAGGGAUUUGGAGACCAAGUUAGGAAGAAAAGUGCCGGAUAGCCUUGUGCGUUCUCUUGUUGGAGGAAAACACCACGAAAAGCACGAGAAGUCACAGCGUUCAGCCAAGUUCUGUGCCAAAUCUGCGGACUUUAAACGCCUGGAAAGCAAGAUACUACUUUUAAAACAAGAAAUGGCAAACUUGAGAGCCAUUGACGUCAAGGUGAUGCAGCAGCUCAUGACCGUCAACGAGGGCAUCGAGUCUAUCCGCUGGAUGAUGGAGGACAAGGGGGGCACGGCCAGUCAAGAUGGCAGUCUGUCUGGGAGCUUAUACAGCCUCUCCGACAGUCAGGACGGUAGCUCAUUCAGGGGGAGCAUGAACAGUUUAAAUGACGCUAACAGUGACGAUUUGGACGGGCUCUCGGUGGGCUCGUACCUGGACACUUUGGAGGAUAUCCCCGACGACCCUUCGCCCACGGACCUCACCUCAUACAUGGAGAAAAGUGUGAUCAAUGGAGACGCGUUCAGCAAAUCGCCGAUAAAGCUCAGGGUGGAGGCGGAUGAGUACUACUGUUUUGGAUAGUGAACACCCAAAAUGGACGGUUUUAAGUGUGUUUUGUGUCACAGUUUUCAAGAUUUUGUCAGAUUUUGUCGGAUUUACAGUAGGGCUGUACAAUAUUGGAAAAACAAUACAUAUGCAAAACACACGCAGCUACUUUCUUGACAAACAAAUGGGUUUAAAGGGAUGUUAGUCCUCUUAGUUUUAAGAAGAGGUCACUAGACAAGAGAAGUGCAGUUCUUUCUGAAUAAUGAAUAAACGAUAAAAGUGGAUUUUUUAAGUUUAAUAUAUACAAUAAUUGCAUGCAUUUUAGAACUCAAAAUAUGCCUUUUUAGUGUUCAUACUUCAGGAAAAAAGAUAAUUUAAUUUUCCCAAAAUCAUUGAAAGGGCCUUCAUUACACUAUUACAGAUUUUUUAUUUUAUUUUUUACUUUUUUUUAUUUUAUUUACACGUUUUAACACACAAACCCUGCAUAUUUAGGUGCUAGAUCUUCUCUCAAACAGGAAACACGCUGUUCCUCCUUGCGAUGUCGUAAUAUAAGAAGUGCUCCACUGUGUUUUUAAACUCCAUACACCUUCACUAGAAUCAUUCAUAUGAUUUCAGUCCUGGAAACGCCAGUAGCUGUUAACUUGGAAACUACCACUUGAUGAGAUUGCAAGGUGGAACUGAGCAUUUUGAGCUUUAGAAAUGUUGACAGGUUCAUUGUGUGAAUGAAAACAAAACACUACUCUGGGGAUAUUUUUGAUAAUACAGCUUAAAGCUCACAAGAAACCAUUUUGUGCAAUAUAGGACAUUUAAAAGUAUGUACUGUGCAGCCCUACUUGAAACUACUAUUUGAAAACACAAUCCUUACUCCCACAUCACUUACUAUUAUUUCUUGUUACACCAGUAGAAAAAUGUCUUAAUGUUUUUUCAUGCGAAUAACAAAACCAAAAUGGUACUUUUUAAGCAUUGUAUUUAUUUUUGAAGUAACUGCCUGGACAUUGUUGAGCUGCUUAGAAGCCUCAGCACAGUGGAAAAUUCAGUCUGAACUUUACCACAGAGGUUGAACCACAAUGGGCCGAUCUAAGGGAGUAGACUAUCAACCAUUCGGAAAAGUAGACAUUUUCUGUACUGAGUGAUUUAAGGUUACACUGUUUGAAGUGGCCAAGUGGUGGUUUUUAGUGUUACAGCAAGUGCAAUUUCCCAUAUGCCAAAUUUUGCUACUGCUACCAGCUACUGUACAGUGCGUUUGUCAUUAUUUUUAUUGACUGAAGCUAAGCCGUCUUUAGCUAUAGUCUUAAUUCAAGAGAUUAGCUACACAUUGGCACGCACAGAUGCUUGACUGAAUUCAUUUGAUGGUCUUAAGGAUAAAUAAUAUAAAGCAGGUUGUUGGCUGUGGACAGAUGGACACGUAUGCAAGUGGGCAUAUUAAAGCUAAACACUACUGUCAACGCCUUUAAAAUAAUGACUUUUUGAUGAUUGUUUGUAUGACUGUUUUGUGAAAUUUUGUGAAAAUGAAAAUAAU